AUGGCUUGCUGUGUCGCAGUUCUGAUUAAAGAAAAUUUGAUUUACCUUCGACGAUCGACGGAAGAAUUGAAAUUUCUUUUCCUAAUUCAUGCGUCGAUCGAUAUACUGGAUGAUAAGGUGAACCAAUUGACUAAGCCCGGUGGUGACCGUGAUGCGAAAGAUUUCUAUCUAGGUUUACUCUAUCCAGUCGAAGAAUACAAGAUAUAUGGCUAUGUUUCGCCGACACGUGUCAAGUUUAUCUUAAUAUUCGAACAUUCAACUUCGAUAUCUUUGAAAGAUGCUGAUAUUAAACUACUUUUCCAGCGUCUUCAUCAAGCAUACAUUGAUUGUAUAUCGAAUCCGUUCUAUGAGCCAGUUACUCAAUUGAAAUCGAAACGUUUCGAGCAAGUUGUAUCUAGUCUAAUGGUUCAAACUGAUUCUAUGGCAUCAUCAUGCCGAUGA